UCAGAGUGUUGUGCUUGGAGACAGGCGGAAGGGAAGGAGCAGCCCACAGUGCACACGCUGGGCAUUCAUUUGAGGCUGAUUUUUUUUUUUUUUUUCUUAAGCGUACAGCACAGGAACACAGAACCUGUGAGAUUCCUGUAGCUGUGGGGAAAAACAAAAACACUCACUGCCCUUCUUCAGUGUGGCUCCAAGUCAGUGCUCUGCCUCAGCAUUUGUUAGAGAAGGCUCAUGAAAUAACCUCCUUCAGCACUGUUUAUUCAGCAGUUGCCUGAGAAAAUUAAUGAAAGAAAGCAUGUUUAAAGACGGAAGACCACCAGACCAUCUCAUACCACAGACAAAUAGCAGUUAUUGUUGACAGCCUACAGUAAGAGGAUUGGACCCUGUCAGAGUCGGGUGCGUUUUAUUUAAGGGGAGCCUAUUACAGCUGCAUCACGGUUUUUAAAGAAGACUGCCAGGGACAGAAGUGGCUUUGCAGAGACUGCAUUUCCCAUCCUGACCUCUGGUCUGCAUCAGUUAGCGGGGACACACUCGCAGAUACGUACUGUACACACAAAAACUACCUGCCUCUUCUGCUGCUUGGGAUUACAGAAGUCUCUUUGUAUGCUGCAGACAUGGCUAGCCAGCAAGAUUCAGGCUUCUUUGAAAUCAGCAUCAAAUCCCUGCUAAAAUCCUGGAGCAACACAUCCCCGGUGGGUAACGGAUAUAUCAAGCCCCCGAUUCUUCCAGACUCCAGCACACAGGGUGAGAAGGGACCUCCAGCCAUGAUUCCCAUCAGCAUUGACCCGGACAGCAAGCCAGGGGAGUACGUCCUCAAGAGUCUGUUUGCAAACUUCACUACGCUGUCAGAAAGGAAGAUCCGUAUCAUCAUGGCUGAGCCUCUGGAAAAACCGUUAUCAAAAUCUCUACAGAGGGGAGAAGAUUUUCAGUUCGAUCAACUAAUCAGCUCAAUGAGCUCCCUUGCAGAAUACUGCCUGCCUUCUAUUCUGCGCACCCUAUUCGACUGGUAUAAAAGACAGAAUGGAAUAGAAGAUGAAUCCCAUGAAUACAGACCAAGAGCCAACACCAAGUCAAAAAAUGAUGAACAGCAAAAGGAUUACCUGCUCGAAAGAAGGGAUCUGGCAAUCGAUUUUAUUUUUUCUUUGGUACUAAUAGAAGUUUUAAAGCAGAUUCCCCUUCAUCCGGUCCCAGACAGUUUGAUCCAUGAAGUUAUAAACUUGGCAUUUAGGCACUUUAAAUACAAGGAAGGGUACCUUGGUCCUAACACUGGAAAUAUGCACAUUGUAGCUGAUCUGUAUGCUGAAGUAGUUGGUGUUUUAGCACAGUCCAAUGCCUCACCUCCAGAUGACCCUGCGCCUCCCUAUAGUGGCUGGCUGAUGAAUGUUAUGGAAACCAAUCAGCCGCAGCCCCUGCCAAUGCCUGUCAAUGGAGGAUGCUGGGCACCCCUGGUAGACUUCCUCCCUGAGACCAUCACUCCAAGGGGACCACUGCACAGGUGUAAUAUAGCCGUCAUCUUCAUGACUGAGUUGGUCGUCGAUCACAGCGUCAGAGAAGACUGGGCUUUGCAUCUGCCUUUGUUACUCCAAGCUCUGUUUCUGGGUUUUGAUCAUUACCGCCCAGAAGUGUUUGAGCACAGUAAACGGCUGCUUCUUCAUCUGCUGAUUGCGCUGUGCUGCAACAACAACUUCCAGGUCAUAGCAUCAGUGCUUCUUCUUACCAGAGAGAUGAGUGAAAGCAGGACUCUGACAGUGAAGUCCAGCUACCAGCCAGAAUAUCUCUACACAGGUGGCUUUGACUUCUUAAGGGAGUACCAGACGUCUCCAGUGCCAGACUCGGGAUUAAGCUCCAGCUCCACCUCCUCCAGCAUCAGCCUGGGAGGCAGCAGCGGGAACCUGCCUCAGAUCUCCCAGGAGAUGGAGGACAUGGAAACAUCCACUGAAUCUGAUGAGAAAGCUAACAAGCUCAUAGAGUUUCUAACUACCAGGGCGUUUGGACCCCUUUGGUGCCACGAGGACAUCACUCCCAAAAACCAGAAUUCCAAGAGUGCUGAUCAACUGGCUAAUUUCCUUCGCCAUGUGGUGUCUGUUUUCAAAGAGUCAAAGUCAGAUUUCCACUUGGAGCAGCAGCUGAGUGAUGUGGCGUUACAAACCGGGCUAUCAAGCUCUUCCCGGCACUAUGCGGGACGCUCUUUCCAAAUCUUCAGAGCCCUGAAACAGCCUCUGUCUGCCCACGCAGUGUCCGACCUGAUCUCUCGCCUGGUGGAAGUCAUAGGAGAACAUGGAGAUGAAGUUCAGGGCUAUGUGAUGGAAGCCCUGCUUACUUUGGAAUCAGUUGUGGAUAAUUUGGCCGACUGUUUGAAGAACGCAGACUUAAUGGCUAUUUUGUCAAGGUCAUCGUCCCCUGAUUUCCUGACCAACGCCAAACUGGUGUCCAGCCGCAAGAGCACCGGCCAGUUGAAUCUGAGCCCAGGGGUGGGAGCCAGUGGCAUGGGCACAGCCGAGCGGAGCAGACACCAAAGGAGCUUCUCCGUACCCAAGAAGUUUGGUGUGGUUGAUCGGUCCUUAGACCCUCCCAGGAGCGCCACACUGGACAAAAUCCAGGCCUGCACACAGCAGGGCAUUUUAUCCAAGACCCGGAGCUCGUCUUCUUCAAAAGACAACGUCACAGACCCAGCGAACGUGAACAAUCCCACAAACCUCUUGGCUACCAUCUUCUGGGUGGCUGUCUCGCUGAUGGAGUCAGACUUUGAGUUUGAGUACCAGAUGUCACUGAGGCUGCUUCACAAGUUACUGGUGCAGAUCCCCCUAGAUAAAGCAGAAAACAGGGAGAAGCUGGAGAAACUACAAGGGCAGCUGAAGUGGGCCAACUUUUCAGGGUUACAGCAGCUGUUGCUCAAAGGGUUUACCUCCCUCUCGACCACUGACCUGACCCUACAGCUCUUCAGCCAGCUGACUCCUGUUUCUCGGGUGUCAGUGGUGGACUCCUCUCAAGCCAUAGGUUUCCCACUGAAUGUAUCGUGUCUGCUUCCCCAUCUAAUUCAGCACUUUGACAGUCCAACUCCUUUCUGUAAGGAUAUUGCUGAAAGGAUCGCCCAGGUGUGCAUAGAAGAGAAGAAUACCAAGCUCUCGAACCUUGCUCAUGUCAUGACUCUGUACAAGACCCACACGUACACGAGGGACUGUGCCACCUGGGUUAAUGUUGUUUGCCGAUACCUUCAUGAAGCGUUUGCUGAUAUCACAUUGAAUAUUGUUACUUAUAUGACAGAGCUGUUAGAAAAGGGCCUUCCCAGCAUGCAGCAGUCUCUUCUUCAGAUCAUCUACAGUCUCCUCAGUCACAUGGAUCUCACUGGCAUUCCUGUCAAACAGUUCAACAUGGAGGUGCUGAAGACCAUUGAAAAAUUUGUCCAGAGUGUUCACUGGAAGGAAGCCCUGAACAUUCUGAAGUUGGUGGUGUCUCGUUCUGCCAGCCUGGUGUUGCCCUCGUACCCACACAGUGACCUGACGCACGUAGACGUGAGCCGGGUGUGGGACAGCUCUUCAAAGGAGCUGCCAGGAAAGACUUUGGAUUUUCACUUUGAUAUUUCUGAGACUCCAGUCAUUGGGAGGAGAUACGAUGACCUGCAGGGGCCGGCAGGGCGAGACGGUAAAAGCAGAGCCAUAGCUGUCACUCGCAGUGCUUCCUCAACGUCGUCAGGCUCAAACUCCAAUGUCCUGGUGCCUGUGAGCUGGAAAAGGCCACAGUGCUCACAGAAACGAACCAGGGAAAAGCUGGUUAAUGUCCUCUCUCUAUGUGGACAAGAAGUGGGGCUAACCAAAAACCCUUCAGUGAUUUUCUCCUCUUGUGGGGAUCUUGAUCUGAUGGAGCACCAGGCUAGCUUGGUGUCCUCAGAGGAUGGCGUGAGGGAGCAGGAGAACAUGGACGACACCACCAGUGAGCAGCAGUUCAGAGUCUUCAGAGACUUCGAUUUUCUGGACGUGGAGUUGGAGGAUGGAGAGGAGCUUCAGGGCGAGAGCAUGGAUAACUUUAACUGGGGAGUUCGCCGCCGUUCUCUAGACAGCCUGGACAAGAGUGACAUGCAGCUGCUUGAAGAGAGCCAGCUCUCAGGAAGCACACCCAGCCUGAGCAAAAUGAACCAUGAGGAUUCUGAUGAGUCAUCAGAGGAGGAGGCCCUCACAGCCAGUCAGAUACUGGCACAUUCCCACCACCUGAUUAUAAAUCUCUCCCCUUCCGAGGAGACAAAUCACAUGGAUUCCCUCUCCACCUCUGCCGACCCGCACUCCUUAAACACGAGAACUCCUAGUUGCGAAGUCUCUCUUCCUGAUGACACUAAUCAGCGGGCUGAAGUUUCAGCUGAAGAGGAGGACACAAAUGUUCAUGAGGAUGACCUUUCAUUGUCUGUCAGUGAACUACCGGCAGCUUUUGAGUGCAGCGACAGCUUCACUUUAGAGAUGGCAGAAACUGAAGACCACGCAGGACUGUCAAGCUUUGGAGAUGAAGAGAGGGACGGGUUGCAGGAGGCCCGUGCUUCCCCCCCUCCCUCCCCAUUCUUCUCUGCUAUCCUGGCUGCCUUUCAGCCCGCAGUCUGUGAUGACGCAGAAGAAGCCUGGCGCAACCACAUCAAUCAGCUGGUGUCCGACUCCGACGGCUCCUGCGCAGUCUAUACCUUUCACGUGUUCUCUUCCCUGUUUCAGAACAUUCAAAACAAAUUCUGCUCCUUAACCUGUGAUGCUGCUGGUUACCUUGGAGAUGGCCUUCGAGGAAUAGGAAGCAAGUUUGUCCGGUCCUCACAGAUGCUGACAUCAUGUUCAGAGUGCCCGACUUUGUUUGUAGAUGCUGAAACAAUUAUCUCUUACGGGCUUUUGGAGAAAAUGAAGUUUAGUGUUCUCGAACUUCAAGAAUAUUUGGAUACCUACAACAACAGAAAAGUGGCUGCCAUUUCAUGGCUUACAAAUUGUAAGGCGACAUUUCCAAGAGGUCCCGGAGAUGGAGUGAUUACCUGUCAGCCGGGGGACUUGGAGGAGAAGCAAAUGGAAUCGCUGGCACAACUGGAGCUGUGUCAGCGGUUGUACAAACUCCACUUUCAGUUGUUGCUGCUUUUUCAGUCCUACUGCAAACUCAUAGGACAGGUACAUGCAAUAAGCUCUGUGCCAGAGCUCCUGAACAUGUCCAGGGAACUGAGUGAUUUGAAGAGCAGCCUAAAGGCUGCAUCUGUUUCUGCAGUGAAUGAACAGCCCAGUUCCACCACAGAGCCUGCAUUCAGCUCCUCCGAGGCGGCUGUUCAGUCUGUGCUCGAAUGCCUUCGCAACAAACAGUUCUCAACAGCUGUGCGCCACAUCCGGGAUUGCAGAAGUGUGUGGCCCAAUGACAUCUUUGGAAGCAGCGCCGAGGACGAGGUCCAGACACUGCUGAACAUUUACUUUAGACACCAAACCCUGGGGCAGACGGGUACCUUUGCACUGGUGGGCUCCAAUCAGGACCUGUCUGAGAUCUGCAUGAAGUUGAUGGAGCUGAAUGGAGAGAUUCGGGAUAUGAUCUGCAGAGCUCAGAAUUACCGGGUGCUCACAGCCUUCCUCCCAGACUCCAGCGUUUCCGGCAUUAGUCUCUGACAGGAGGAGUUGUCUGCCGGUCUUUUGGUCCGGCCUGCAAGUGCUGCAAUGCUGGAGUGAAGUCCUUCAAUGUCUUCUCAUUUCUAGGGAAACUCGGACAAGCAGUUUUCACUCAUGCUACCUUUGAGAGUUUCAUGAGGUUUUCAGGUCUUCAGAUGUGCAGCAACACUGUUAGAGCAGAAGCAACAUGAAGCAACCGACAUAAAGUAACUCUGCUUUUAUUGCACUAAUACUAAUUUAUGACUACCACUGGCUACUGAGUUAAUGACUUCCACACCUGACAAAGAGAUACCAAAGUUAUAUUAACUUAUUAUUCAUCAGAUAUUUACUGUUGUAAUUGUUAGGAGGGAAAGUGCAAUUGUUCUUUCAAUUUAAAAAAAAAAAAAGAAUCAAAGAUUUUGAAUUUCUGGAACUUGUGGUUACUUGAUAUUGAUGAACUGAGUAUAGGCAGAAUGAAGCUGAGUUUUAACAAAUGACUUGAUGGUUUGGUUAAAUCUGAGGGCCUGUUACCAUACCACAACCUGACUACUAUUUAUUAUACUGUACACACUAACAUGCUAAUAGUAUCUUCUCACACUAAGCUGCUGUUAAGCACACUUACAAUGUUGCUAGGCUACUGUUUCAGAAACAGCGUAACCACAUUGCGGUCUCUUAUUGUGACUUAAAUAUAAUUGGUCCUCAGCAUUUUUAACUGUGUUGGCUGCUUUCUACUUGGUAGUUGCUCUUCUGGUUUUUUUAUUUGUAUGACAAAAGAAAGCAAGCGUAACUAAGUUGUGUUUUUUUUUUUUUAGGAUGUGAAUAAAAUACUCAUGUUCUGCCUAUUAAAACUGCCAAGCAUGCAUAUUUUAUAUACUAUGAAUUGGGUUAUAGAAUAUCAUUGAAAAAAAUGAUUCAUAUUUUAACUCACAAGAUGCGUCUGUAUAUAAUACGAGGGGAGCUCUGCUCAUGCUGGUAAGAUUAUAUUUUUUAAUCUGCUGUCAAGAAGUACAAAAAUGUGUGCAUCUAAAAAAAUAAAUAAAUAAAUAAAUAAAAAUGUUGCACAUUUUUCAACUUCCAUUAGGUAGAGUAUCUAUGUAAGUUUUUCAGCGUGUACAUUCUUUUACAGCUUUGUGAAGUAACUUGGGUUGGUGUUCUGUACACAUGUAA